AUGCCUCCACCAUCAGCUCUCACUAUCCCCGCAGUCACAAAGCACACUGCAACUGUCAUCAUGGCCCAUGGUCUUGGUGAUAGUGGUGCUGGAUGGGUUUCGCUCGCAGAGAAUUGGCGUCGUCGCCAAAAGUUCCAAGAAGUCAAAUUCAUAUUUCCAAAUGCGCCUGCCAUCCCCAUCUCAGUCAACUUUGGCAUGACUAUGCCAGGUUGGUAUGAUAUCGUAAGACGCACUGAUUCCACAACCUUUAGUGACCUCCAGGCCGAGCAAGAUGAGACUGGAAUUCGACGUUCCCAAGCUUACUUCCAUUCGCUCAUCAAAUCCGAAAUAGAAGAUAGCAAGAUUCCAUCCAAUCGCAUUGUGCUCGGCGGUUUUUCCCAAGGAGGCGCAAUGUCUAUUUUCUCCGGUAUUACAUGUCCAACACAACUCGGAGGUAUCUUUGGUCUGAGUAGUUAUCUGUUAUUACAUAACAAGCUUCGAGAAAUUUUGGGCCCAAAUGGAGGCUCCAACAAGCAGACCAAAAUCUGGAUGGGCCAUGGAGAUUCUGAUCCUCUUGUUAAACCGGAAUGGGGUAUCAAGACGGCAGAGGUGCUACGUGAUGAAGGCUAUGAUGUUGAAUUGAAAAUGUAUCCAGGUCUUGAGCAUUCAGCCGAUGUUUCGGAGAUUGAGGAUCUUGAACAGUACCUCAUCGGGAGAAUUCCACCAGUUGGGGAUAAAGAGAGUCUAUGA